AUGAGCGAACAACAGAGCAGUCCUGCACAGGAUCAAGGCCACAGAAGAAAUAAGCCAUCUAUAACUCGGUCAACAAGGCCAAGGUCCUCUACCAAGGGACCUCUGGAUGCCGACAAUGGACUGUUGACAUCUCCAACGGCCUCAGCCUCUCAGCUCAGCCCGUCUCUCCAGCCGCCAUCACCAUCUUCUUCAGCCAACAACACAACACAGCCUCGGCCUCCGCCGUCUCCGACUCCUCAGCUGGGAGAGGCGAGACCCAAGGAUUUCACAUUCCUCUUGCAGCCCGAGAUCUACCAUCCCCUAAACGUACAAAACGUCCCUCCUGCAUUCCGAAACUCACCAAAGCAGCCCAACUCGGAGACGCCGAUAGACGAGCUGCUAGCCAAAGGCCACUUUCGAGCCGCAGCCAUUGCGGCAGCUCAAGAGCUAACAGGGUCAACGAUAAACGGCACUAGUAUCGAUCCUCAAGAUGCCAGCAGGAUCUUUGGGCUUCUGUAUACCCGACUCGCGUGUCUCACCCUGAUCGAUGCUACUUCACUUGCAGCCCAGGAAGCCAAAGCGCUGGAGGAUUUGAAUGAUGCCUCCAGAUACAUUGACGAUGAUACGAAUGAGCAUCUUGUGCCGUGGGAGCUGCGCGUGCUGCACGUGCGAUUGCAAGCUUUGGGCUUUGGAGAUCCCCGCCGAGCCGUCAUGAGCUACCAUGAUCUUGCCAGAGAGGCAAGGGAUCACAUCAGAAAAGCAUCUUCAUCACAUGAUAACUCUGCUAGAGAACUGUGGAAGUCACGUCUCCAUGAGCUGGGCAUCAAAGUCGCCGGUGCCUUGAUUGAGAUGGACGAUCUCUCUGGCGCGGCGCACCAUCUGAAUAGUCUAAGAGACCGGGGCGAUGGUAAGCUGGCGCUAUCCAAAGCGCUGCUGUGGCUGCAUCUCGGCGAUAUAGGGAAUGCAAAGUCUUGUGCAAGCCAGUGCUCUGAGCAUACCGAGAACGUCGAGAAGCUCAUUCUGGCCUUGUGUGACAUGGCGGAUUCCAACUAUGAGGCGGCGUUGCAGAGGUGGCAAGAGUUUGACAUAACAGUGACAGAUGAGAUGAUUGGCGUAAACCAGGCCGUGUGCCUAAUCUACCUUGGGCGGAUUCAAGAGGGGCGAAAUAUACUUGAGAAGCUAGUUGACUCGGGACUGUCAUCGCAUACCUUGCUAUUCAAUCUCUCGACGACAUACGAACUCUGCUCGGAAAGGAACCGGAUUUUGAAGGGGAGGCUUACGGAGAAGGUGGCCAACAUGGAGCAAUCACCAUUUGGGUGGGAGAAGACGAAUGCCGAUUUUAAGCUUUGA